UUCUCUACGCGCAUAUGGUUAUCUCUAUAGUUCGCGUGGAAUAGUAAUUAAAAUUUAACGGCAAGUGUGUUUGCUUUUGUUUAUUUUGGUUAUUUAUCUGGCUGAGGUGUCUUAGGGGUCGCCACAUUUACCAUCUAAAAUGCUUCGAUUAAAUUGGGUAGUUGCAUAGAAGAGUUAUUAACAAUAAGAUAUGGCAUAUGGGUGCGACGUAGUUCUGGUUCAUUCUUACUUAUGGAAAACGAAGAGAUACAAUAGUUUGUGUUCGAUGUAUUGAUAAACUUUUUUUAUAAGUUUGCGCGUUAAUCUCUCUGUUAUCGAAGAUUAUUAUGAAAAUUGCAAUUAUUCCUCACGAUAACGAACUGUACAAAUAAUUUAUAGAGGGAUAAUGGAAUUUAUACCAGCUGAACAUCAACACAGAAGAUUAAAUCCUUUGAACGGUAAAUGGAUUUUAGUCAGCCCACAUCGCAUGCUAAGGCCUUGGUCGGGCCAACAAGAGUUGCCACAAUCUCUAGAUAAUAUACCUGAAUUUGAUGCUAAUAAUCCAUUGUGCCCAGGAGUUAUUAGACCGAAUGGUGCUAAAAAUCCUGAUUAUAAAAAUACUUUUGUGUUUACAAAUGAUUUUCCGGCUCUUUUAGACAACGUUCCAGAACCACCCACGAGUGAUGAUCCCCUAUUUCAGACUUCUUCUGCCACAGGCAUUUGCCGUGUUAUGUGCUUUCAUGGCAAAUCAAAUUUAACAUUGCCCCUGAUAUCCAUAGAAGAAAUCGAGUUGAUAGUAGACGAAUGGAUAAAUCAAUUUAAUGAUUUAAGUCGUAAAUAUUCUUGGGUACAGAUAUUUGAAAAUAAAGGAUCAGCCAUGGGUUGUUCGAAUUCUCACCCUCAUUGCCAGAUUUGGGCAUGUUCGUUUUUGCCAACAGAACCUUUUAUUAAAGAUGCAUUCCUUAAGAAAUACUUUGAAAAAUAUCAAAGACCUCUAUUAAACGACUACAUAAAUAAGGAACUGGAGAGAAAAGAGCGAAUUGUUAUAGAAAAUGCAGAUUGGUUAGUAGUUGUCCCCUAUUGGGCUGCUUGGCCAUUUGAAACGAUGCUCUUAUCGCGCAAUAACAAUAAACGAUUAAAUGAUCUAACUGAGAGACAAAAAAAGAGUUUAGCUCAUACAAUUAAACAACUGACCACUAAGUAUGACAAUUUAUUUGAAUGCAGUUUUCCAUACUCUAUGGGUUUCCACGGCGCCCCCACCGGUGAAAUGGACAAACUUGAUAACAGGCAUUGGACUUUGCAUGCCAUUUACUAUCCUCCUUUACUCAGAUCAGCAACCGUGCGUAAAUUUAUGGUGGGCUUUGAAUUAUUCGGCGAAAUACAACGGGAUCUAACUGCCGAACAAGCAGCUAAACGACUUAAAGAAGUCAGUGGCGAAGUACAUUAUUCAAAAAAUAUUAAAUGAUUUUAGAUAUUUUAUUCAGCCC